UUUGUAGAAUAUGUGACAGCAUCAUAAUGAAUGCAAGUUACAACAGCACAGACAUCAGCCUGUAUCUGGCCAACAAUCUGCAAGGAAAGAAGAGUUUCCUGGACGCCGCUGCUAUUGCAGGGAAUCAGUGGCCUGAACAUCAAAGUGAAACUGACCCAUUUUUCAGCGAGAAUUCCAGCAUAAAAGCUUUGACAAAUGCUACAUUUACAGCCAAUUUGGUGUACGAUCCCCUGGGGGGGCAUCAAAUCUGGCAGGUCAUUCUCAUCGUCUUCUUUUCUGGAUUGUUAUCCUUAGUUACAAUCAUUGGUAACAUUCUUGUACUGGUUUCAUUCAAGGUGAACAAGCAGCUAAAGACGGUGAAUAAUUACUUCCUCCUUAGCCUUGCAUUUGCAGAUUUAAUCAUCGGUCUUUGUUCAAUGAAUCUUUAUACAACUUAUAUAAUAAUGGACCACUGGGCUUUGGGAAACUGGGCAUGCGAUUUGUGGCUUGCUAUUGAUUAUGUAGCUAGCAAUGCCUCCGUUAUGAAUCUUUUAGUUAUAAGUUUUGAUAGAUACUUUUCUAUAACCAGACCUCUCACUUAUAGGGCUAAAAGAACAACAAAAAGAGCUGGGAUAAUGAUUGGAUUGGCAUGGUUAAUCUCUUUUGUGCUGUGGGCCCCUGCCAUUUUGUUAUGGCAGUACUUUGCAGGAGCACGCACUGUGCCAGUUGAUAAAUGUCUCGUCCCAUUUCUCUCGGAGCCCAUUAUCACCUUCUGCACAGCAAUAGCUGCAUUUUACCUGCCAGUCACCAUCAUGAUUGUGCUGUACUGGAGGAUCUACAAAGAGACGGAGAAUCGCUCGAAAGAGCUGGCCGUCUUGCAGGCCUCAGGCAGCAGGAGAGAAAAGUCUCACUUCAUUCACCAGCUUGGCAGUUCCCAGAGUUGCAGCAUUUUUGAGACGACACAAGUGGCGCAUACGCGUGUGCCCAAAAGAACACUGAGCUGCUUCAGUUUCUGGCCCAACACCAUGGGACAAGGCUGUGAGGGAGAGCAGAGUGUCUCCAAUGAGCAGUCGGUCUCUUCAGAUGAGGAGGAGAUGCCUGAAUGCCAUUCCAUCUUCUCCAUCGUUCUCAACCUUCCUGGUUUGAAGGCGGAUAGCAGGCUGCAACUUAUAUCUCCUGAGGCGCUGAAUGUUUCGGAGGAGAAUACAGAAAGAUCUAUGGAAGAAUGCAGGGACAGCAGCUCGACAAAAGGUGGAAACAAGAAGGAGGUCCAUAGCUACCACCAGCACUUCUCCGAGAUAUCUGUCCAGGCGAUGUCCACCUGUACAACCGUGAGCACAGGCAGAGUAGCACUGACUUCCAAAUCCCCGAUGGCUGCUAUUUCCAACAAAGAUGCUGCCCUAGCGAAGCAGUUUGCCUUAAAGACGAGGACGCAGAUCAAUAAACGCAGAAGAACAACUCUCAUCAAAGAGAAAAAAGCUGCACAGACAUUGAGCGCAAUCCUGUUCGCUUUCAUUAUUACAUGGACGCCCUACAAUAUCAUGGUGCUGGUGAAUACUUUUUGUAAUGGGUGCAUUCCAGAUGCUCUAUGGGCUCUGGGCUACUGGCUUUGUUAUGUCAAUAGCACAGUGAACCCAAUGUGUUAUGCCUUGUGUAACAAAGCUUUCCGGACCACUUUCAAAAUGAUCCUGCUAUGUGAGAGAGAGAAGAGAGAGCGGUUCAGGCAGUUCGAGAAGAAGCAGUCGGCAGUUUUCUGCAGCAGGGUUUUUAAAGAACCUGGAGCGUCUGAAGAUUCUAAUAUACAUUUUGAUUGGUCUGCGGACCCUUAAAGUCAUCCUCUGUUUGUCCAAUCAGUUUCUCCAUGGUUUAUGUUUGAACUGAAAAGGUGCGGUAUGGGCAUUCAUUUGAUCAAGACAAGUGACAAUGUCUUCUAAAAAGGCAACUAAUACAAACAAGGUCUGCCUUGCCUUUCGGUAAAUUUACAGAGCUUCUUUGCUAUAGCACAAUCUGGAUAAUUAAAUUUAAUGUUCUAGUGACAGUAUUGCACUAUUAUGUUUCCUUUAAUUGUAU